AUGGCUGCUAACUCCGCUCUUCACUAUCUUACCAAGGACUCCAACACAACUUCGGCUCUUCAACGUCAUUCGGUGUCUUCGCAGACCAACAACACGGCAUUUCUCGAGGGCGCAGCGGUUCCUUCCAUUCCAGAUGAGAGCGAACCCACGCUUCACACGGACUAUCUCGUCGACCAUCACCUUUCGAGCCACAACACAUCCGCACCCUCUUCGCCGAUCUUAUCUUGCAGCCUACCGGAUUACAAAUCUGUACUCCUCUAUGGCGCCCCAGUCGUCUGGUUUUGUUCAGUCUGUAAGGAUGGUCCCAAAGGCGAUUGGCAAAACGUGUGCACGGCAUGCAAUCACCAAAGGUGCUCUGCUUGCGUGUUGGAAAAGACUUAG